AUGUUCAUCGCUGUGCUUAUUUUACCAUUCAUCACUGGUCUUAUUCAUGCGGCACCAACUGAACAUAAGUCAACAGCUUUAACAAAACCAACGUAUGUAGUUGUUCAGUUAGCAGCACCAAAAUUCCUCUCUGAUGCCACAUGGAAGGGACGUGAAGAGUUUGCUGAAAUUGUACUCGACCACACUCUCACGAUCGAAGAAAUUGGUGAAAAGUUGAAUGAAUGGGCCAAGUCGCAAGGACCCCAAGUUCAGGAAAACUACGAGAAGGCUGUGGAAGAGGUGAAAGCAGCAAUCAAACAAUCACGGGAGCGGCUUGAAAAGUCACCGCUUAGCGAUGCGGCAAAGGAAGCAUUUGCUGGUAUUGGAAAGAUUUUUGCCGAUAAGAAUCAGACCAUGGUACAAGCUUAUGAUAAGGUGAAAGACUAUAUGGCUACUAUUCCCGAAGGUACUCGCAAAGAAAUGGAUGAAUACGUGGGUCAGGCAAUCACUGAGGCGUUGAAGAAAGCAAAGGCGAAAGUAAUAGAUACGUCUUCAGACUGA